AUGGAUGCCCGCCCCUUCGACGAGGUGGCCGGCUUCAAGGCGAGGCACCAGCCCUGCGUCUGGUGUGGUGGCGGGAGCUGCCACUCCAACAACGACAAUGCCUGCGAGCCUUACGACUUCGUAAUGAACGGCGCAGGCGACGUGUUUGUUUCACAAAGGCACACGGGGAAAUCCUUAGCCGCUCUGCUGUUUCAGGUCAAGCUUUCGACUACACCUAUGCUUCGAACACCUACUUGGUGGCUGAGUGCCAGGUGUGCUCCACGCAGUACUGAGUAA